AUGAGUGGGAUCAAGGGAAUACAAAUUGCAAAAGGACUUCCGCUGGAAAUACUUCAACGUGUCAUCAACAUCUCGCUGCAGAGAUGGUUCAACAUUUCAGAGAUACUUCAAUUCAUUCUCGACAAUUACGAUGUGCUCGAUACAGACCCAUUCAUGCGGUUGGUAAGCUUAAAGAAUAUCGAGCUCACAUUAUUUUUUGAUGAUUCAUUGAGAUUUGGGUACAAAUUUUGUGGUUUCGAUACUAUCAAACUUAAUAAUGAGCGUGCGUUGAAGUUUGAAGAGUUAUUGAAGAAUGGUCGUUUGUCAAUAUCGAGAAUUUGUGUGUAUAAAAAUGUUAAGCAUUUGUUAUUCCUACUGAAAUACUCACCAUUAAAUCAUUUUCCAGAUUACGUGGAGAUCCCACAUAUUGCCUUGAAACAACCACUACACAAAGAUAUCAAUAUUGAAGAAGAAUAUCUGAGGGAUAUUCCACAAAUACUCAAAAAUACCAGGGGUGAUAACCAAUUCACAUUUCACAUUCAGAAAUUUGAUGAACCGGAAAAUAUAAGUGAUCUUUCAGAAUUGGUUCUGUUUCUGAAUUCCCUUUCAGAUACCAGAGCAGAAUAUGAAAUUACGUUUGGGCUCAUUUCAACCUCUGAAAGCCUAAGUCCUUCUAGUGUUUAUGGUUUGACAACCAUGCUAAAAAAAUAUGAAACGCCAAGAGUCAAAUUCAAUUUGAUGUUGUCAAACAUACCACUAGAAAAUAAGUUUCCUGAAUACAUCACCGAAUUUUCCUGUUAUGGGCUGAGCCUACGUGGAAGACCUAUAGACUUAAAUUGGAAGAUGGGUGACCAAGCAAUCUUUAGGUAUGACGGGGAUUUGCUUACAAUAUCGGAAUAUAUGCAAAAUUUAAAUUUACGAGGUUUACUGGAUUACAUUCAAAGUGUAAAUAUAUUCAUCAACUCGGACCGCAUGGAAGAAUUGUGUUGUCACAAAUACCUGCUUCCUUUUAACGUUAACACUUUAACUUUGAUCUACGAUGAAAAAGAUGAGACAGUCGUCGAUUUGAGCUUUUUGGAUGUGGAUGGAAAGACUUACUUGAACACCUUAAGAAUUGUAAAACCUUCGUGUCCCACCGUGAGGGUUAUAAAUAUUAAGCAUCUACAAGACAGAAUCAAGAAUCUCAUCCUUGCUAUGGGAGAACAUCCGGAUAGAAAAUGGGAAUUUCUUGAUCGUGACCUUGGCCUAGAUAACAUAUAUUCCAAUGUUCCCAUGGUUGGUAAAGCGCUCCCCCACGAUUCUCCGUUGAUACAGAACAGGUUUAUCUCUAUGAUCCACCUGGAUUGA